CCUCCUCUACCUUUGUCAAUUUCUUGCGCUCCCGUUGAAAACCGCCUGGUUGUUGUUCCUCGGGUUAGGAGGAAGAAGUUGUCCAGCCCCGCGCUGCCUGAGCUUCGGGAACACCGAGAGGGAGGAGAGCAGAGUCCACCGAGGGAGCAGAGAAACGGAGGGCCACCCUGUGAAUGAAAAGAGAGCAGCAGGGGCUGCGAGCCAGGAGGGUUUAACCUAGCCCAGCACCUUGUAGCGGCAGAGGGCGAGCGGCAACUCCUCGAGCCAGCGUGCGACACCGCCGCACCGGAUCGUGUUGGGAAACAAACGAGGGAAUGACAUAAACACACAGAGAUGGUUCACUACCCGCAGGGACCUUCAGAGACACCACUGCUACCGCUACUGCUGCUGUGAACUUUUGUGUCCUUAAACUACACACGAGAAGUGGGAUUACUAAGAGUGCUUCUUCUUCUUCUUCUGCUUCUUCUUCUUAUCAGCAAAGGGAUUAAUUAUGCCGGACCAAAUCACAGUUUCAGAGUUCGUGGCGGAGACGAAUGAAGAUUAUAAAUCGCCGACUGCCUCCAACUUCACCACCAGGAUGUCCCACUGCAGGAACACAGUGACCGCUCUGGAGGAGGCCUUGGAUGUGGACCGCAGUGUUCUGUACAAGAUGAAGAAGUCUGUGAAGGCCAUCUACACGUCUGGUCUAGCCCACGUAGAGAACGAGGAGCAGUACACUCAGGCCCUGGAGAAGUUUGGAGAAAACUGCGUAUACAGAGAUGAUCCUGACCUGGGCUCAGCUUUCCUCAAGUUCUCUGUCUUCACCAAGGAGCUCACCGCGCUCUUUAAAAACUUGUUCCAAAACAUGAACAACAUCAUCACCUUUCCUCUGGACAGCCUGCUGAAAGGAGACCUGAAGGGAGUCAAAGGGGAUCUCAAAAAGCCUUUUGACAAAGCCUGGAAGGACUACGAAACAAAAGUCACCAAGAUAGAGAAAGAGAAGAAGGAGCAUGCGAGGCAGCACGGGAUGAUCCGGACAGAAAUCAGCGGGGCGGAAAUCGCUGAGGAGAUGGAGAAGGAGAGGAGGUUCUUCCAGCUGCAGAUGUGCGAGUAUCUGCUCAAAGUCAACGAGAUCAAAAUAAAGAAGGGGGUGGACCUGCUGCAGAACCUCAUCAAAUACUUCCACGCACAGUGCAAUUUCUUCCAGGACGGUCUGAAAGCCGUGGACAACCUGAAACCUUCCAUUGAAAAACUGGCGACGGAUCUGCACACGAUAAAGCAAGUGCAGGAUGAGGAGAGGAAACAGCUCACUCAGUUGCGAGACGUCCUCAAGUCAUCGCUACAGGUGGAGCAGAAGGAGGAUUCACAGGUGCGGCAGAGCACCACCUACAGCCUGCAUCAGCCACAGGGUAACAAGGAGCACGGCACGGAGCGCAGCGGCUACCUUUACAAGAAAAGUGAUGGGUUGAGGAAAGUGUGGCAGAAGAGAAAGUGCACCGCCAAGAACGGAUACCUCACCAUCUCACACGGCACAGCUAAUCGGCCACCAGCUAAACUCAACCUGCUCACCUGCCAGGUGAAACACAAUCCUGAGGAGAAGAGAAGCUUUGACCUCAUAUCCCACGACAGAACGUAUCACUUUCAGGCUGAGGACGACCAGGACUGUCAGAUCUGGAUUUCGGUGCUACAGAACAGUAAAGAGGAGGCGUUGAAUCAGGCCUUUAAAGGGGACCAGCAUGUCGGUGAGAACAACAUUGUGCAGGAGCUGACGAAGGCCAUUCUGGGAGAGGUCAAGAGGAUGACGGGAAACGAUGUGUGCUGUGACUGCGGAGCGCCCAACCCGACGUGGCUGUCCACCAACCUGGGCAUCCUUACCUGCAUCGAAUGUUCAGGGAUCCACAGGGAGCUGGGAGUCCACUACUCCAGGAUCCAGUCCCUCACUCUGGACGUACUCAGCACCUCAGAGCUCUUGCUGGCCAAGAAUGUGGGGAAUGCAGGCUUUAAUGAAAUCAUGGAGGCGUGUUUAACUGCUGAAAAUGUGGUGAAACCCAACCCAGCCAGUGACAUGCAGGCGAGGAAAGACUUCAUCACAGCCAAGUACACGGAGAAGCGCUACGCCAGGAAGAAGUGUCCCGAUUCAACGUCGCGGCUCCACACGUUGUGCGACGCAGUUAAAGCCCGAGACAUAUUUUCCCUCGUCCAGGUCUACGCUGAGGGAGUCGACCUCAUGGAGCCCAUCCCUCUGGCCAACGGACACGAACAAGGGGAGACGGCCCUUCAUCUCGCAGUCAGACUGGUGGAUAGGACAUCUCUACACAUCGUCGACUUCCUCACUCAGAACAGUUUGAAUUUGGACAAGCAGACGGUCAAGGGCAGCACAGCGCUUCACUACUGCUGCCUGACAGACAACAGUGAAUGUCUGAAACUGCUGCUGCGGGGGAAGGCCUCCAUAGAGAUCGCUAAUGAGGCCGGGGAGACACCGCUGGAUAUCGCUCGGAGGCUCAAACACCUACAGUGUGAAGAGCUGCUGAAUCAAGCGUUGGCAGGGAAAUUCAACGCCCACGUCCACGUCGAAUAUGAAUGGUGCCUGCAGCACGAGGACUUGGAUGAAAGCGAUGAAGAUCUGGAUGAGAAGCCGAGCCCUCAUCGGCGAGACGAGCGGCCGGUCAGCUGUUACACCCCGAGCAGCAACUCCCACCACCAGAGCGGUCUGGGCUCCGUGGGCCGCGACGCCGCCGGCCUCGGCAAGGACAAACAGCGAGCCUUCAUGCCCAACCUGGUCAACAACGAGACCUACGGCACCAUCCUCAACACCAACACGUCUCAGCCCGCCACCACGUCUGCUCCGCCCCUGCCUCCGAGGAACCUGGUCCAGUUGGCCGGUCUGGGAGGGAUCGGUCAGUCCUCAGCGUCCAGCAGCUGGAAGCCUGGUUCUUUAGACCUGGUUGGCCGACAGAGGUCGUCAUCAGACCCCCCCAACAUGCAUCCUCCUGUCCCCCCCAUAAGACUCACUUCAACUGGAGGUCUGGGUCCUGCCCCUGUAGCCAAGAUGGAGGCCAUGAACAUACAGUCCAAGGCAGGCCAGGGACCAGUGGGGUCCAGAGCAGUGCCACCGAAAUCUCCUGCAGGAAACGAUAAGAGCUUCAACAGAGGACCUCUAAAUCGAACCCAAUCUAUCGAAAGACCGGCUAAGGAAGUGCCAGGAUGCCCCCAGAACUCCAUAGGUCAGUCCAUGCCUCCAGCCCCCAUGCCGAGGAAGGCCUACCCGAGUAAAAGGCCGAAGCGAGUGAAAGCCAUCUACAACUGUGUAGCCGACAACCCGGAUGAGCUGACCUUCUCCGAGGGCGAGGUGAUCGUGGUGGAUGGAGAGGAGGACCAGGAGUGGUGGCUGGGCCACAUCGAAGGCGACCCGAUGAGAAGAGGAGCCUUCCCGGUGACAUUUGUACACUUCAUCGCUGACUGAGCGGCUUCUCUCUGGGUCUCGAGAAGCAUCGCAGGGUGCAUCCACCUGCCCUCACCCAUCUCUGUCAAGCCAGCAAAACCUCCACCAUCAUUCCCGUGUUUGUCGUCAUCGUCGUCGUCAUCAUCAGUGGCGUCAUGAUCAGGCUUGUGAAAGUGGCACUGCUGUGUCAUCACCUUGUCAUCAUUCACACCCAACAGCUUAGCCAGAAAGUCUGGGUGUUGCUCCAUCAAGCACCCAUGGGACUGAAUGUGGUUUUAAAGCUCGCUGUUCAUGUUUCCGACAAAGACUCUUCAAGAUUUCCAUCAAAAAAAAAAAGAAAAAACGAUGAUUGUAGUGAAUGACCUCUCGCAAUAAAUGCACUUUCCUUGUCUUUAUCCUUGUUACAACAUGAGAGGACGUGUGACAUAAUGAAGGUUAUAUGUACAGUAUUCAUACCAUCUGUUUUCUGCUCUCCUGCGUUGUACAGACAGUCCUGACAGUGAUAGUACUGAGAAGGCAACAGCAAUGUAUUUUACUAACAACUGUAAAUGUGAACACAGCCACCAUGCUUACAUUCCACCUCUGUGCAUGAGCAAUUUUAAAAUGCCUACCUGCUUUCCAACCCUGUAGCUGGCCUCCUGUGUGGAGGUUUUUUUUUUUUUUUCUAAUGGUGCUAAACUAACCUUGGAAUAUGCUAGAAGCUGCACCCGAGGGAGCGCUUCCCUGUCCCCGUUUAAAGAUGGACCACCGUCGAAACAGGGGUAUGUAAGAUGUAAAAAUAGCCUCCGACUCAUCACACCUGCGAGAAACCGCUUUCUCACAAGUGUGUGUGGAGCGAAGGAGCUGCGGGUGAACUCCACGAAUGCUUCUCCACUCACACUCUGCCUGUUCUGUCUCAUGGAUAAUAUCGAACGCUCCAGUUCUUCCUUCUGUGCUGUUUUAGGUCAAACGAUGAGAGUGACUGAAGCUGCAGCAGUCGGUAAUUACCUUUAUGCUGAGUCUGACACCUCAGGCAGUCUCCGCCUGUCAUCUGCCUUAUUAGAGGAAUAGGAAGUGUGUGUGUGUUUGCUUGUCUUGCCUGUACACAAUAAGCUGAGAGUGAAAGAAUAACGAAGUAAGAGGAAAGCGUGGGAAUGUGAUAAUAGCUGGAGGUAUCUCUGUGACUUCUGUUGCUUCCUCUUGCCUUGGAGAGCUCUCAGACUCUGACAGGCUGAUUUCUAAGCUCUCUCUGUAAAACCAGACAUCAAGAGAAAGGAGCGUCUUUGCUACAGCUCAAACCUCUCAUAUCUGGGGUCAUAUAAUGUAGAAAGAUGAGUUUAUCAAUAGGGUUAUGAAAGAAAUAUAAAACAUUCAAUGUAAUUAACUUCAUUUUGGUUGCAGAGCAACUUUUCUGUCUGUUCAUGAUGUUGAUAUUUAGGCAUUUAACCUGAAACCAGAGCCUUCCAUGGAUUUGUGAAUGACCAGAGGAGACAUGUGAAUCGUAGCUUCAUCAUGUUUGAUAUAAACUCACUGGAAACGGGAAGAUUUAAUAAUCUAUUCAUGUAAAUAGAUUUUGUUUUGUUGAUAUUUAAAUGUAAAAAAAAAAACAAAUAACAUAACCUGGGCAGUAAAUGUCUUUUAAUGCGCUGUGGUGAUGAGCAGUUACAGAUACGACCUCGGUUGAACUUGUGUGUGUGUGUGCGCGCUGAAAGCAGACACUCACACAUAACUGGGAAAAUAAACUUAAUUCAUUUUCAUUAA